UCCGUGCGAUUUCUCGCUCUGGACUCUUCGCUUGGAUUUAACACACAAAUUUAAAAAAAGAAUUUAAAAGCCUCUUCUUGGCAGCAGCCAUGAAUUCAGCAGAGCAAACCGUUACAUGGCUGAUCACCCUGGGGGUGCUGGAAUCGCCCAAAAAGAGCAUCUUGGACCCGGAGGGAUUUUUGCAAGCGUCUCUGAAAGACGGGGUGGUGCUGUGCAGGCUGCUGGAUCGCCUGCUGCCGGGCACCAUCGAUAAAGUUUACCCGGAGCCCCGCACCGAGAGCGAGUGCCUGAGCAAUAUUCGCGAGUUCCUUCGGGCUUGCGGCGCCACCCUUCGCCUGGAGACCUUUGAUGCAAAUGAUCUCUAUCAAGGUCAAAACUUCAACAAGGUGCUCAGCUCCUUAGUUGCACUAAAUAAAGUAACAGCAGAUAUUGGACUUGGAAGUGAUUCUGUGUGUGCAAGGCCAUCAUCUCACCGGAUAAAGUCUUUUGAUUCCUUGGGAUCCCAAUCUCUACAUAGCAGAACAUCAAAACUUUUUCAAGGCCAGUAUCGGAGUCUGGAUAUGACAGAUAAUAGCAACCACCAAUUGGUGGUAAGAGCAAAAUUUAAUUUUCAGCAGACCAAUGAAGAUGAACUUUCUUUUACAAAAGGAGACAUUAUCCAUGUCACAAGAGUAGAAGAAGGAGGCUGGUGGGAAGGAACUCAUAAUGGCAAGACAGGCUGGUUUCCCAGCAAUUAUGUACGAGAAGUAAAAUCAAAUGAAAAACCAGUCUCCCCCAAAUCAGGAUCACUGAAGAGCCCUCCAAAAGGGUUUGAUACAUCAGCUAUUAGCAAAAGCUAUUACAAUGUGGUGCUACAAAACAUUCUAGAAACAGAAAAUGAGUAUGCUAAAGAGCUACAGACCAUGCUUUCUAACUACUUACGGCCCUUGCAAGUUAGUGAAAAGUUAAACUCUACAGAUACUUCAUAUUUAAUGGGAAACCUAGAAGAAAUCAGCUCUUUUCAGCAAAUGCUUGUACAGUCUUUAGAAGAAUGCACCAAGUUGCCUGAACCUCAGCAGAGAGUUGGAGGUUGCUUUCUAAAUUUGAUGCCACAGAUGAAAAAUCUGUACCUUGCAUACUGUGCCAACCACCCAUCCGCGGUGACUGUUCUCACAGAACACAGUGAAGAAUUAGGAGAAUUCAUGGAGAUGAAAGGAGCCAACAGUCCUGGGAUUCUUGUGUUGACAACGGGCCUGAGCAAGCCUUUUAUGCGCCUGGAUAAAUAUCCCACAUUACUUAAAGAACUUGAAAGGCACAUGGAGGAUUAUCAUCCAGAUCGGCCAGAUAUUCAGAAAUCCAUGACAGCCUUCAAAAACCUAUCAGCACAGUGUCAAGAAGUACGGAAAAGAAAGGAACUUGAACUCCAAAUACUAACAGAAGCCAUCCGCUGCUGGGAAGGGGAGGACAUUAAAACCCUGGGAAAUGUUAUUUACAUGUCACAAGUCAUGAUUCAGUGCGCUGGCAGUGAGGAAAAGAACGAAAGAUAUCUCCUUCUCUUUCCCAACAUUUUACUCAUGUUAUCUGCCAGCCCUAGGAUGAGUGGUUUUAUCUAUCAGGGGAAACUGCCACUAACAGGGAUGAGUAUUGCGAAGCUAGAAGACAAUGAAAAUCACAGAAAUGCAUUUGAAAUAUCAGGAAAUAUGAUUGAACGAAUAUUAGUAUCUUGUAACAACCAGCAAGAUUUGCAUGAAUGGGUAGAUCAUCUGCAAAAGCAAACCAAAGUGACAACAGUUGGGACCCCCAUUAUUAAACCUCAUUCUGUGCCAUCUCACACGCUUCCGUCUCAUCCUGUAACACCAUCCAGCAAACAUGCAGAUAGUAAGCAAAUGCCACUAACUCCAGUAUACCACACUCUUCCACAUCCUUCUCAUCAUGGGACGCCUCAUACCACUAUAAACUGGGGACCUUUGGAGCCUCCUAAAACUCCUAAACCAUGGAGUUUGAGCUGUUUACGACCAGCACCUCCAUUACGGCCUUCAGCUGCGCUCUGUUACAAAGAGGAUCUCAGCAAAAGUCCUAAAACUAUGAAAAAACUGCUCCCUAAGCGAAAACCUGAACGGAAACCAUCAGAAGAAGAAUUUGCACUGAGGAAAAGUACAGCUGCAUUAGAAGAAGAUGCUCAGAUUCUAAAAGUAAUUGAAGCUUACUGCACAAGUGCCAAAACACGCCAAACAUUAAACUCAACAUGGCAAGGCACUGACCUGAUGCAUAAUCACGUCUUGGCUGAUGAUGACCAAUCAAGUCUAGACUCCUUGGGUCGUCGCAGUAGCCUUUCUCGUUUGGAGCCUUCCGACCUCUCUGAAGACUCUGACUAUGACAGUAUAUGGACAGCCCAUAGUUACAGAAUGGGGUCUACAUCUCGUAAGAGCUGUUGCUCAUAUAUCUCUCACCAGAACUAAUGCACUUCUGAGCUUUUCUUAACAAAUGCUUGUUGUAUCACAGCCUGCUUUUCUUAGAUGUUUUCUUGCAGUUUCUUGUCUCUUUAAUGUGAUAUUUUAACAAUCUUUCGAAGAAAUUUCUGAUACUUCAGUCAGUCAUACCUCGUGGAAUACACUUAACAGGGUUUUUUUAAAUAUAAAAACUGGCAGCAUUGAUAAACGUAUACUUAUAGGUAUGAAUGAUAUAGAUUUUUUUCAUGUUUCAAAGUAGGUACAACACUUUCUAUUUCUUCUCCCACUCAGUCUCUUUCUUACAGCACAUGCUUGUACUUUGUGAAACACUUGGUGCCAUAUGAGAAUACUUUAGUCUUACUAUGUGUAGGUUCAUCUUUGUUUAAGAACAAAAAAAUGCUGGGAAAACAUAAAACAACUGCAGAUGUACAAGAAAUGGCAAAUCCACACAGUUUUGUAUAUUUGGUCAAUCUUGUGUGUUUGUUUUGGGAAGCAAAAGCAGGAUCUGGUGCUAGUUACUAUGCUGUCUAUAUAUCUUACAUGUUUCAGACGGAAUUAAGCUUGGGAAGGUGCAUGCUUCUAAAACUCAAUUCUGAUGCCAGGAUGAGAUUUGUUAUCACUUUACACUACAUUGUAGAAAGUGAAUGCACACACUGCAAGAAGUUGUGUAAUUUACACAAAUGGCACUAGGCAUCCAAAUGGGAUUUGAGCAGGUGUUUUCUGUAGCAGCUUGUGCCUCUUCCAUUUCCUCUUCACAACAUACUCUGUUCAGCACUGGAAGAGUUUGCAAAUACAGAUGUUUGGCAAAGGAGAAUUAAACAGUGUUCUGAAGGGUUAAUUCUGUAGCUCACUGGUUGAAGUCUGGUAGGCAUGCACCAACAUAUAUUGGCCACUAAUCAUGCAUAGAUCAUUUUCUGCAUCAAGGGAGAAGUUCUAAAUUCAGUCUGAAGAUCACCACUCAUGAAGAUCCUUUGUCCAGAUUUUGGGAGUGCCAAAGUCAUAUGUCCCUAUUAAAUUUCAACCAUUCAUUCAGGUGAUUUGGGUGACGGGGAGCAUGCUUCUUCACAUAUGUCUGUGACAUGUAAAUAUAAUUUUGUUAAUUUCACUUUUGAACAACCAGCUUUUUAUUUGGGUUAAGAAUAUGUUGACACCCUUUCAGUGUUCAGCUCCUAUUUUAUGCCCAUGUUAUUGUUGGAGGGAGGGUCUGUCGUGUGGAAGAAGAUUGUAGAGAAAGUAGUCUAAAAAAUAAACGUAAGUACAGAAUUGCUGUUAGAAAUUCUGAACAGGCAACUUCCCUACCCCACCCCAGUGAUGCUGAAUUCUGCUGCCCAUAUUCAGCUUAAUGUUCUCAUUAUGGUAAUGAUACUGUUUGAAUUAAAUUAAGUAUUGUUCUGUUCUUGCUUUCUGGCAAUUUAACCAUCAGUACUUGCAGCUCCCCAAAUAAUAAUGAACAUCUACAAACCUUUGUAAUUUCAGUGGUUUCAUUAUCGAACAGGAUAUAAAUGACCCAAGCAAGAAAAUUGGAACAAAAUUACUGAGAACGUUAGACAUAAAAUUUAUUGCACUUAAUUUCAUGUGAAGUAGUUUGUGAAUGAACAUUCCUAAGAUGAAGUGUUGAAGAGAACAUCCUUAGUUGCUAGCUAUGAAAUAGCACAGAGGGUGUGUGUGUGUGUGUGUGUGUGUGUGUGUGUGUGUGUGUGUGUGUGUGUGUGCGUGCGUGCGUGCGUGCGUGCGUGCGUGCGUGCGUGUGCUGCACUUUAACUGAACUGAAAGCUUCAUCUCUUAAGAUCCAUUUUUAGUGCUGAAAGAUGCACAGUAAUUUGCAGCUAUUAUGGUAUGGCAAGUGGGAUGCACCAUUCAGUUUGGACCAAGUGACUAUUAAUAGACUUGCUUCAGCCCUUUCUCUGUUUAGUGGUUUAACGGAAGCAGUUUAAGUUGCAGGGCUAUAGCAGUGCGCAAUACCAAGGACAAAUCCUAAGAAUGCUAAGAACAGUGUACCUGAUACUAAAUAGCAAAGCAGUGAUCUCAAAGGGUGACCAGAGAGUACCUACCAGUGAGUUUGCUGCUGUUCCGCUCGUCUUGGAAUGAGUUCCCAUUACCUCUGUGAGGCAGAGUAGCUGUAACCCCACACUGGCAGUAGAAGAUUUAAAAUGUAACGAAGUUUGCAACAGUUUACAGAAUUAGAUUCUGAUGUGAGUAAAGAAGAGUCUUCUUAGCCCUUUCCAUUCUGGCUAGUUUUUCUUUAAAUUGACCGGAAGUCACAUUUUUAACAUAUGGCAACUGAAAGUAGUAGAGUAGCUGAGAUAGAGAAUGUCCAGAAAGAAGAAGGGUAAGCAAACAUGACCUCUUCUUGCUCUUUCCCUGCUCAAAGGUGCAUUGACCUUUGCUGCUUUUUCAGUAAACCAAGACAUGAAGUUGGAACAAGUGACAUAUGUCCACCAGAGUGGAAUGGUUAUGAAAAUGUUGUCAGCUGGGGCUUUCACUUCUUGCAUUUCUUCCUAAACUAAGUAUUCACGUGUUUUUUUAAAAAAAAUCAAAUUAAAAUGGAUGACACUACAGAUAUACGUCAUUAUUAUCACUAAGGAAUAGUUCCUGGGUUUAGAAAGCAGGUAUUGUUUACAGUGGCCAAAAGCAUUUAACAAUGUUCCUGUUACUCUGAUGAUGUAUUAUGAGUUUUAAAUAUUGUGGUUGCUCUGAACUUUCCAUUUCUGCCAUAAUUAAUGUUUAAUUCAUUUUGAAUAUCUGAUAAACUGCCACUAUUAAUUUUUAUAAGAGCUAUGAGACAGAAUGAUGGGAUCUUUUUGCUAGUUUUUUUCCACUGUAACUGUACCAUUAAAAGUCCUCAGUGUUCUUGCUGUUGCAGACGGGUGACUAUUUUGAAUAGGUCAGAAGUAUUAAAGCAACAAACGUUUUGAAAAAAUCCAGUGGUAAAAUUGUGGUAUCAAGCCCAGACAUUGUGUUUAUUUUUGUGGAACUUAACAUAAGGUACCAUUGUUAAUAUUAUUUAUGCAAUCUGUAUGAUAUGUGUGUACAGUUAGUAUUAAAAUGAAAGCAUUCAGAAUUUGAAUUAGAAUGUAGGUGUGAGCCAUCGUGGGUCCCUUUCACACGGCUUAAACAAUAUUGCCAUUCAAUAAGUAUUUACUGUAAGUUGACACUAAGCUAUAUUAAUUGCGUGUUUUGCAUAAUCAUGCCAAAACACAAUAAUGUGUACAUAGUGACAUAAAAAUGAAUAAAUCUAUAUAUUGUGCAUUUCAUUUGUGAAUGGGAGAAGCCAUCUUUAGUAAGUUACUGACUUUUGGAAACAGAACGUAGAUGUAUAUCUUAAUGUGCAUUGUAUUGUACAGUUUGCAUUUUAUUGUUUGUGGUGACAUAUAACUAAGUGUUUUGAUUUUUUUUUAAAAAAAGUAUUUGUUAUGUACAGUUGAAAUAAAUUUUGCAUUUAUUA